AUGUCGGACUACGUCUGUUGCUUGUGGGGAUCCGCUGGGGCCUAUGGAGUUGUCACGAUGCCCUACGGCGUUCGUCAAGGCAUCAACGUGUUUCUCGACGGCUUCAUCCCCACGGAGAACCUCCGAUUUCGUGAGUCCUCGCUGUCCUUCAAGAUCCGCGAGCGGCUUGAUCUGCCAGGACCCGAGCGAAUGCACCAAACCGAGUACCCCGAAAUGUCUAUGCAGAAGGGAAGCUUCAUCUUAGACGUCAGGGCAGGACAUUUUGCAUCCUCUGAGAUAGUGGUGCUUUUGGGCCAGAAUGGCUGUGGAAAAACCACCUUCAUCCAGAUGCUAGCUGGACGGCUUGCCCCUGAUGAUGUAAAAGGCGGGAUGCCAAAGCUCAAGGUCUCGCACAAGCCGCAGGAGUUCACUCCAAAGUUUGAGGGUACUGUGGAGGAGCUGCUUCUGAAGAGGAUUCGGCCAGCGUAUUUGGACCCCCUUUUCCAGACAGAGGUGGUCAAGCCUAUGCUUAUCGACAGCAUUGCCAGGUGUCGCGUGCAAACCCUCAGUGGUGGCGAGAGGCAGAGGCUUGCUCUCGUGCUGGCCCUCGGCCAAGAUGCAGACAUCUACCUCCUGGACGAGCCCUCAGCAGACUUGGAUGUUGAGCAGCGAGUCGCUGCCGCUCGUGUGAUGAGAAGGUUCUUCAUGCACCGGAAGAAGACAGCCUUCAUAGUCGAGCAUGACUUCAUGAUGGCUACAUACCUGGCGGACCGCGUCAUUGUCUACGAAGGGCAGCCUGGAGUUCGUUGCGAAGCUUCUGCCCCCAUGUCCCUGCUUGAAGGCAUGAACCGCUUCUUGGCCCAGCUGGAAGUCACCUUCCGCAGCUUAGCAUUGCUGAGUGAGUACACUUUACACCUUUUUGGGAUACUACCAUACACUCCCCUUUUUGGGAUACUAUACACUCCCCUCUAG